GGGACCUUCUCCAAAAUAUUACAUAUGACAAAGGACAGUUUUAGUUCUGUAGGAAAGAGGAUUCCUCUCUAAGAAAUAUAAAGAAGAAAGUUAUUAUUACAAAAAUGUCUCAACCAAAAGAAACAAGUGUGAAGGAAAAGAAAAGGGCACCCGUCCCAGGCCAUACAGGUCGCAGUUCUCUGCCACCAAAUGUUUCCAAUUCAGAAGAAGAUGAGAUCCCUACCGUGGAAGCUUUUGGUCUUAUUCCAAGGGGUUUUAAUACAAAAGAUUACCUAGAAGUUCAAAAUGUUCACCUGUUCAAGCUGCCUAAUGAAAACAACAAGAAAGAACAUCACACUGAUAGAUACUUCAACAAUAAACUUAUUAUCCGGCGCGGACAAACUUUCAAUAUUCAGAUUGACUUUAACCGUCCGUACAAUCCAGAAAAAGACCAAUUUUGGAUAGAAUAUGUUGUAGGUCGAUAUCCACAACAAAGCAAAGGCACCUAUAUUCCCAUUCCUAUUGUGGAUGAAUUGGAAACAGGAAAAUGGGGAGCAAAAAUCACCCGGAAUGAAAUGAAUUCUGUUAAUUUGACCAUUUUAUCAGCACCUGACUGCAUCAUUGGCAAAUUCCGCAUGUAUGUUGCUGUUUUGACUCAAUUUGGAAUCUUGAGAUCAAGUAGAAAUUCAGAGACUGAUACCUACAUUCUCUUUAACCCUUGGUGCAAAGAGGACUCUGUUUAUAUGGAUGAUGAGCGAGAAAUAGAAGAAUAUGUUAUGAAUGAUGUAGGAGUCAUUUUCCAUGGAGACAUCACAAAUAUUAAGAGAAGAAGCUGGGAAUAUGGACAGUUUGAAGAAAGGAUCCUUGAUGCAUGUCUUUACCUGAUGGACAAAGCUCAGCUUGAUCUCUCAGGACGAGGGAACCCUAUCAAGAUAAGCCGUGUUGGAUCAGCAGUGAUAAAUGCCAAGGAUGAUGAUGGCGUUCUUGCUGGAAACUGGAACAAUGAUUACACUUACGGAGUUUCUCCUUCAGCCUGGACUGGAAGUGUGGACAUCUUAAUAGAAUACCAUAGCUCUGGAUUACCAGUAAGAUAUGGACAAUGCUGGGUCUUCGCUGGAGUCUUUACUACAUUUCUUCGCUGCUUAGGAAUCCCGGCACGACUUGUCUCCAAUUAUUUCUCUGCCCAUGAUAAUGAUGCAAAUUUGCAAACUGAUGUCUAUCUCGAUGAGGAUGGCAAAACUAAUACCACACUUACAAAGGACUCAAUCUGGAACUAUCACUGCUGGAAUGAAGCCUGGAUGACUCGACCUGACCUUCCUGUUGGAUUUGGAGGAUGGCAAGCAGUAGAUGCAACACCUCAGGAGACUAGUGAUGGUAUGUUUAGAUGUGGUCCUGCAUCAGUACAAGCCAUUAAACAUGGUCAUGUCUGCUUCCCAUUUGAUGCACCGUUUAUUUUUGCUGAGGUGAACAGUGAUAUUGUUUAUUCCAAGGCAAUGAGAGAUGGUUCAAAAGUGAUUGAGUAUGUUGACAAAACCCACGUGGGCCAGAAAAUUGUGACUAAAGAAAUUAGUGGAAAUGGUGCCCAGGAUAUAACAGAUACCUACAAAUUUUCUGAAGGCACUGAAGAAGAGAGACUAGCCCUUGAGGCUGCACUAAUGUAUGGUGUCAAAAAGGAAACCAGAGAAGAUCAGCUACAGUCUGUCCCUGAUGCUGAUAUGGACUUUCAGGCAGAUAAUGCAGUAUUUGGCAGUGACUUCAAAGUCACUUUAACUUUCAAGAAUCAGAGCACCAAUCAUUAUACAGUAUCUGCUUUUCUAACUGGACAUAUUGUAUUUUAUACUGGUGUCCUAAAGGCUGAAUUCAAGAAUGAGGACCUUGAACUGACAUUGGAACCAAUAUCCACGAAAACAGUAGAAGUUCAAAUAAAAGCCCAUGAGUACUUGAGUCAUCUGGUGGAACAGGCAUCCUUGCAUUUUUUUGUCACGGCUCGAAUUAAUGAAACAAAGAAGAUAUUAGCCCAACAGAAGAUUGUUGCGUUACAGGUUCCCGAUCUACGCAUUAAGGUUGUUGGAAACAAAAUGGUUGACAAAGAAAUGACUGUUAUGGUGGAAUUCACAAAUCCAUUAAAGAAAAAGCUUCAGAAUGUUUCCCUGAGAGUUAGUGGACCUGGCAUUUUGAAAACACGGACUAAAAUUUUCAAAGAAGUUCCAGUGAAUUCCACACUGAAAUGGGAAGAAAAAUGUGUGCCGCAGAGAGCAGGCUUGCGGAAGUUAAUUGCUUCACUUGACAGUGACCUGCUACGUCAUGUUUAUGGAGAGCUGGAUGUAGAGAUCUUAAGCGGAGAUGAUUCCUAAAGCAUUUUAGUGAUUAUUGCAAAUGUAAAAUGCACAUUUAUUGAGAUUAAAGAAUCAGAUACUUAGCAAAAGAAAAUUAUUUCUUUGGAGGAAAAAAAAAUCUAUGGUGGAUUUAUACAAAUAUCUUCUGAUGGUAUAACAGAGCUCAUUACUCAUAUAUCUUCUAAAUUAUGUCCAUAAUGUCACUGUUGCUGUCACAUUGUUACUUUACUAGCACAAAUCAGGCUUUAAGCAUACAUAUGGGAGAUUCUUCUGAAUUUAAUAUAUGAUACAAUUAAAUACAAAUUACAAUUUAAGGUACAUUAAAGAGAUGUGAAACCCAAACAUUUCUUUUGUAAUUCAGACAGAGCAUAUCAUUUUUUUUUUUUUUUCUAAUUUACUUCUAUUCUAAAAUUUGCUUCGUUCUCAUGAUAUUCUGUGUUGAAGAGAUACCUAGGUAGGUAUCUAGAGCACUACAUAGCAAUAAGUAGUGCUGUCAUCUAGUUCUCUUGCAAAUGGGUAACAUUUUAAUAUAUAGUUCUCCAGAAAUGGGCAUAAGUCACAGUUUUUUUAACAAAAAAUACCAAGAGAAUGAAGAAAAUUGAUAACUGAAGUAAAUUAGAAAGUUGUUUAAAAUCGCAUGUUCUAUCGUAAUCAUGAGAGAAAAAUGUUGGCUUUCAUAUCCCUUUAAAUAGAUAUUGAAUGUGCUCUGUCCAAAUUAAAGAUCAGCAUUAAAUAUUGUGCAUUUUGGUCUAAAAAUAUGAGAUAGAAUCUGUUUAAAUAUAAACAUAUAAUAAUAUACCAGUGUCAGUAAUGCACUUCCUAUUAAUUAUUAUUAUCUUACAUGUACUUCCUAUUAAUUAUUAUUAUCUUACAUGUACUUCCUAUUAAUUAUUAUUAUCUUACAUGUACUUCCUAUUAAUGGUCAGUGCUCAACCCUGAUACAUUUAAAAGGUAAAAAGCUUUUACUGGACAUCAAACCAUUUAACUGCUGCUCUUAAUUAGAAGACAAAGCAUUUUUGAGUGUAGUUCCCCUCUAUCUAAGGUGACUCAAAGUGGACUUGCUGGGUCAUGGAAGUAAUGCAUUAAAAGGGCAGUAAAGUGAAAAUGAAACAUUGAGAAUUCAGAUAGAGCAUAUAAUUUGCUUUGUUCUCUUGGUAUUGUUUGUUGAAGAAUACACCUAAAUAGGCUGAUAGGAUCUUAGGAGCGUGCACGUGUCUUUAAGAGUCUAAGGCAGCAGUGUUUGUAACUAUGUCUAACAUUUCUAUAAACAUUGUUGCAAACAGUGCUAAGCGCACGUGCACACUACUGAGCUCACCUAAGAUUGCUCUUUGACAAAAGAUAUCAAGAGAACUAAGUAAAAUUGAUAACAGACAUAUAGGGCGCAAUCCGAUAAAUAUCGUAGUUUGCGGCGCAAGCGAGGGAACCCCCACCGCCCGUAGUUUCAGCUCGCAACUCGAGCUAUCCUAUAUACUGCGCCAUCAGAUGCUAUAGUGCCGUAAGUCUGAUAAACCAGCGAUGUCCAGAAAUCUGCGUAAGUACAAAUUUCUGGAGUCGCCAGUGACUUACUGCACUUUAGAAACUGCCGGCGCUAAAUUAUUAAAUCUCCCGUACUGUCUAACACGCCUCCCAAACAUAGCCCGACACGUCUAACCCUCCAUCCACUAUCCCCCCUCACUAUCCUAACAAUAAAAAAUGUAUUAACCCAUAAACCGACGCUCCCGGACCCCACCGCCACCUAAUAAAGUUAUUAACCCCUAAACCGCCUCUCCCGGACCCCGCCGCCACCUACAUUAUCUAUACUACCCCCUAAUGUGAGCUCCUACCCCGCCGCCAUUUACAUUAACUACCCCCUAAUGUGAGAUCCUACCCUGCCACCAUCUACAUUAACUACCCCCUAAUGUGAGCUCCUACCCCGCCGCCAUCUACAUUAACUACCCCCUAAUGUGAGCCCCUUACACCGCCGUCAACUAUAUUAACCCUAAUUAUAUUAGGGUUAAUAUAGUUAAUAUAGUUAUUAUAUUAUAUAUAUAUUAACUAUAUUAACCCUAAUUAUAUUAGGGUUAAUAUAGUUAAUAUCGUUAUUAUAUUAUAUAUAUCUUAAGUAUAAUAACCCUAUCUAACUCUAACAUCCCUAACUAAAUUCUUAUUAAAAUAAACCUAAUUAAUAUUAUUAAUUAAAAUAUUCCUAUUUAAAUCUAAAUACUUAGCUAUAAAAUAAACCCUAAGAUAGCUACAAUGUAAUUAAUAAUUACAUUGUAGCUAUUUUAGGGUUUAUAUUUAUUUUACAGGUAACUUGGUAUUUAUUUUAACUAGGUACAAUAGCUAUUAAAUAGUUAAUAACUAUUUAAUAGCUACCUAGUUAAAAUAAUUACCAAUUUACCUGUAAAAUAAAUCCUAACCUAAGUUACAAAUAUACCUACACUAUCAAUAAAUUAAAUAAACUACAAAUAUCUAAACUAAAAUACAAUUAAAUAAACUAAACUAAAUUACAAAAACAAAGACUAAAUUAAAAAAAAAAAAAAAAAGAUUACAAGAUUUUUAAGCUAAUUACACCUAUUCUAAGCCCCCUAAUAAAAUAAUAAAGCCCCCCAAAAUAAAAAAAUGUCCCUACCCUAUUCUAAAAUACAAAAGUUAACAUCUCUAUUACCUUACCAGCCCUUAAAAGGGCCUUUUGCGGGGCAUGCUCCAAAGAAAUCAGCUCUUUUGCCUGUUAAAAAAAACACAAUACCACCCCCCAACAUUACAACCCACCACCCACAUACCUCUACUCUAACCCAAACCCCCCUUAAAUAAACCUAACACUACCCUCCUGAAGAUCUCCCUACCUUGUCUUCACCCAGCCGGGCAGAACUCUUCAUCCGAUCCGGGCGAUGUCUUCAAUCAAGCGGCAGAGAAGAAGUCUUCCAUCCGGCGAUGUCUUCAAUCAAGCGGCAGAGAAGAGGUCCUCCAUCGGGGCGAAGUUUUUUUCCAAGCGGCAUCUUUAAUCUUCUUUCUUAGCUCCUCCGACGCGGAACAUCCAUCCGGCACGACGACUUCCCGACGAAUGAGGUUCCUUUAAAUGACGUCAUCCAAGAUGGCGUCCGUCGAAUUCCGAUUGGCUGAUAGGAUUCUUUCAGCCAAUCGGAAUUAAGGUAGAAAAAUCUGAUUGGCUGAUUGAAUCAGCCAAUCAGAUUCAAGUUCAAUCCGAUUGGCUGAUUGUAUAUAAUUAGGGUUAAUAUAGUUAAUAUAUAUAAUAUAAUAACUAUAUUAACUAUAUUAACCCUAAUAUAAUAAGGGUUAAUCUAUUUAAUAUAGCUGGCGGCGGUGUAGGGGGAUUAAAUUAGGGGUUAAUCUAUUUAAUAUAGCUGGCGGCGGUGUAGGGGGAUUAAAUUAGGGGUUAAUGUAAUUAAUAUAGCUGGCGACGGGGUAGGGGGAUUAAAUUAGGGGUUAAUGUAAUUAAUAUAGCUGGCGGCGGGGUAGGGGGAUUAAAUUAGGGGUUAAUGUAAUUAAUAUAGCUGGCGGCGGUGUAGGGGGAUUAUAUUAGGGGUUAAUAAUUUUAAUAUAGCUGGUGGCGGGGUAGGAGCUCACAUUAGGGGGUAGGUAAUAUAGCUGGCGGCGGGGUAGGAGCUCACAUUAGGGGGUAGUUAAUGUAGGUGGCGACGGUGUAGGGGGAUCACAUUAGGGGGUUAUACUUUUAAUGUAGGUGGCGGCGGGGUCCGGGAGCUGUGGUUUAGGGGUUAAAUACUUUAUUAGGGAUUGCGGCGGGGGAUCGCAGUUGACAGGUAGAUAGACAUUGCGCAUGCGUUAGGUUUUAUUUAGCAGGUAGUUUAGGGAGUUACAGGGCUCCAAUAGACAGCGUAAGGCUUACUACGGCUGCAUUUUGUGGCGAGGUGAAAAUGGAGUAAGAUUUCUCCAUUUUCGCCAUGUAAGUCCUUACGCUGUAUAUUGGAUACCAAACUGCGCGGGUUUGGUAUACCUGCCUAUGGCCCAAAAAACUAUGGGCGAAGGCAAAAAUAUACGAGCAUAACUUCUAGGUUACGCCGUACAUAGGAUACCAAACCCGCGCAAAAUUCGGCGUCGCCGGCUUUUGCGGGCGACGCUGCAUAUCGGAUCGGGCCCAUAUUGAGAAGUUGUUUAAAAUGACAUGCUUUAUCCAAUCCAUUAAUGACUAAUAGUUUGACUUUAUUGUCCCUUUAACAUUUGUUAAGGAUUUUCUGCAAGAACUUUAAAUCCCUUUGCUUUAAAAUUUUAUUUCUAGAUUAUCACUUCUGAGUCUGCAAAACUUAGUUGGCUAGAUCAUAUUCUAAUUAGAAAUGCAACAAUAAGAUUUUGCUGCUACUACCAGUUGUUAAGAUAUAUACCCUUUUCUUUUAUUGUUUAAAGGGACAUAAUACUCAUAUGCUAAAUCACUUGAAACUGAUGCAGUAUAACUGUAAAAAGCUGACAGGAAAAUAUCACCUGAGCAUCUCUAUGUAAAAAAGGAAGAUAUUUUACCUCACAAUCUCUUCAGCUCAGCAGAGUAAGUUCUGUGUAAAAAGUUAUACUCAACUGCUCCCAGCUGCAGGUAAAAAAAAUUAAAAAAAUGAAGAAAUGAACAGCAGCCAAUCAGCAUCAGCAGUGCUGAGGUCAUGAACUUUUACUGUGAUCUCAUGAGAUUUGACUUGACUCUCAUGAGAUUUCAUUGUAAACUUCCUUUACCUGAUUGGUGAAAUAAGAUGAGAGUGCAUGAUGCUCAACCCUUUCAGAUGUCCCAGGACAGAAACACUAAAAUGCUGCUUAGAAAUCAUUUACAAUGGGAGGUGGCUACUGAGGAACUUUUGAGGUAAAAUAUCUUUCUUUUUUACAUAGAGAUGUUCAGGAGAUAUUUUCUAGUCAGCUUUUUACAGCUAUGCUGCAUCACUUUCAAGUGUUUAAACAUUUGGGUAUUAUGGCCCUUUAAAUGUUUUAAACACCUACAUUUUUCACACCUAUAAAUGACUGAAGAUCGUGUUAGAUCACAAUCCAGUUGUAAAAGUAACUAUUGAUAGUAAAAAAAAAAAAAAAAGAACAUAUAUAUGAAGACUUACAUUAUCACAAGCUAAUUUUACAACUGAUAUAAUGUAGCCCUUAGUAUGCUAGUGUUUGUUUAAACAUUUUGAGCCAUUUUGUUCACUCAUGAGAUUGUACAGUGAUCCUAUAAGGAAGACUGGUGAAAAACAUCUCUAAAAUCCUCACUACAUUGUGAAAAAAUGAUUUCUAUUAUAUUCACACACAUGAAUUUAAGUUUUUUUUACUUGACUUUUCUCUCAAAAUUGCUAAACCGUGAAUGUAACAGACUUUGUAAAAAAAAAAAGGUCACUUACUUUGAGAUGUAUUCAGUAGUGAUGAUUCAUAGAAAUUCAUAUGGAAGUCAACACAAGUUCACAGAUACCUUGUAGCUCAUUGUUUCACAUUGGGAUUUAUAAAGGCAGAGUACAUGAGAGUAGAUAAAUAUACAUUACACUCUUAGCCUGGAGGGUGCGUGCCACAAAUUAUACCUGUCUCAUAAGUGUAGAAAUAGAAAUAGUCUACAUUUAGAGCAGCCCUUAGCUAUUUUCAAUAUUUUCUGAUUGUUUUUAGAUUAAUAACAUUUACUUAUAAUCAUUUGUUAAAAGUUUUUUUCUUAUGAUUGUUUUAUGGUACACAAACAUUCUCACUUGUUAUAUGCAUGUAUUAGUGCUUUUUAAUGGAAAUGUUAAAUUGUACAACAGCUUUCUAAUGAAACCAUUAAAUAAAGUAUGUUUGAUGAUACUUA